GACUUCAGUUACUUGCGCAUUGACUUUAGCACAGAGCUGAACGUUGGUUAUGCCUUCGUGAACUUCACUCACCCCGAGCACAUCACCAACUUUGUUAAUGCAAAGGUUGGCAAGCCCUGGAGUCUUUACGGCUCCACCAAACGCUGUGAGGUAUCCUACGCCACGAUCCAGGGAAUCGACUGUCUCCUCGCCAAGUUCCUCAACUCCGUUAUCAUGGAGGAG